GCCACCCCACACGGGCCAUUUUGGAUCUAAGUUCUGUCCAUUCUAGCGUGGUGUUUCUGCUGUUGCGGAGCCAAAAUGGCGGAGUGUGCAGCUGCCGCUUUGGUGUAUUCCAACCGAUUUGAGCGCAAGAUGGCAGCUUCAGUGGAAGACGAGUUUGAGGAUGCGCCUGAUGUAGAGCCUUUAGAGCCGACAUUAAAGAAUAUUAUAGAGCAGAAAUCACUCAAAUGGAUAUUUGUGGGUGGUAAAGGUGGCGUGGGCAAGACAACAUGCAGCUGCAGUCUGGCGGUUCAGUUAGCGGCGGUGCGAGAGAGCGUCCUCAUCAUAUCCACAGAUCCAGCACACAACAUCUCAGAUGCCUUCGACCAGAAGUUCUCCAAGGUGCCCACCAAAGUCAAGGGCUACGACAACCUCUUUGCCAUGGAGAUCGACCCCAGUCUGGGUGUGGCGGAGCUCCCCGAUGAGUUCUUCGAGGAGGACAACAUGCUCAGUAUGGGGAAGAAGAUGAUGCAGGAAGCCAUGAGCGCUUUUCCCGGCAUCGACGAGGCCAUGAGCUACGCAGAGGUCAUGAGGCUUCGGAAAUCAUUCGAAUAUGCCGAUUUAACAUUUUUUAAAUUUCUCUCGGGACACACUCUGCGUCUGCUCAACUUCCCCACCAUCGUGGAGAGAGGACUGGGCCGCCUCAUGCAGAUCAAGAACCAGAUCAGCCCCUUCAUCUCACAGAUGUGUAGCAUGUUGGGCCUGGGAGACAUGAAUGCAGAUCAGCUGGCGUCUAAACUGGAGGAGACGCUCCCCGUCAUCCGCUCAGUCAGCGAGCAGUUUAAGGACCCGGAGCAGACGACGUUUAUCUGCGUGUGCAUCGCAGAGUUCCUGUCUCUGUAUGAGACGGAGCGUUUGAUUCAGGAGCUGGCCAAGUGUCGCAUCGACACGCAUAACAUUAUCGUCAACCAGCUGGUUUUCCCCGACAGCGAACGGCCCUGCAAGAUGUGUGAAGCCCGACACAAGAUUCAGUCCAAGUAUCUGGACCAGGUGUGUGUGUGACCAGUUAUUUGAAGAUUUCCACAUAGUAAAGUUGCCUCUGCUGCCUCACGAGGUUCGAGGAGCGGACAAGGUCAAUACUUUCUCCAAGCAGCUGCUGGAGCCCUACAGCCCGCCCAAGAAGUGACUGAAAUGAUUUCCACGGAUCAAACACACACCAUCGCAUCCCUCGUCCCUGAUGCACGCAUCCCUCUGGUGUUCACAUCUCCACACCUUUACUUCCCCCCUCUCGCUGUCUCUCUCCUCUCUCUGGUUUUCUGGUCAUGUCAUAACUGAUGCCACCAUGUUGCUACAGUGAUCCGUUAUGAACAGCCUGUUUAGAAACAAAGUCUUGAUGGUUUAUGUUGCUUUGUGAUGAUGUAUUUAAGCUUAAGAAACACUCAUUCCUGAUGCGUGUUUAAGAAAGGAGAUUCAUAUUGAUAUCAUCACAGGAAUGUACAACUGGACUCUGAUUCAGUGGUUGAACAUUGUUUCAGAUUCUGGUCAAUAUUAAUAGACUAUUUUGUUUCCUGAUCUGGGCUGCGUUUCCCAAAAGCAUCGUAAGCCUAAGUACACCAUAGACUCAUUGCGACCAAUGGAGCUACAAUCAACUUAGGCUUACAAUGCUUUUGGGAAAGGCAGCCCUGGUCAGUAUUGAUGUUCAAUGAGAGGGUCCAAACAUGGGGGCUGAUGCAUAUUUAAUGAGUUAAAGGGAUAGUUCACCCCCAAAAAAGAUAAUUUUGUCAUUUUUUUACUCACUCUCAUGCUGUUCCAAACCUUUGACUUUUAAUGCAAUUCAAAAUUCUCUUUAUGUGUUUCGUGCAAAAAUAACAAACAACAUUCAAGCUUGUAAAAACAAGGGUGAGUAAAUAAUGACUACAUUUUCAUUUUUGGGUGAACUGCCUUAUUAAACUUAAGAAUAAACUUAUUCUUAAUCGACUAAUAUUUGCAGUGAACCAAAUGUAAUUACUGUGUACAAACAUUGUGAUUCAAUUUAUCUAAUUUAAUUUUUGCAGUUAAAGCGAUGCAUUUAUAUAGACUUGUAAUGAUUAAGAUAAUUUCUGUUCACGUGGUGUAUAGCAUUUAUUUGAGAGACGUCUGUUUCUGGUUCUGGGUUGUGAAGCAUAUGUAGAUGCGUUGUUCUUCCUCUCACUUCUGUUGUUCUUAUCAUUUGGCAGUAAUGUCUGCAUGCAUCAAAACACAGGAAUGCACACACACACACAGAAUCAGAAGCUUGUUUAAAUCCACUGAAAAAACACUGCAACCUGUCAGCCGAGCUGACUAUUAGACAAUACUAUACCGUGCUGGUUAAGUAUGUUUUCCUUCUUUUAUCAUCCUGUGGUUUCACGGCGUGAAGCAGUGGCCUCCUUAGUUCAUGAAAACCAGGGACAAGAACUCACAAACCCGACAGUAUAUCAGACCGAAAGAUUUGCAUCUUUUAUCAGUUCUUAGUCGGUUUUGCUAAAGUUUCUUUGUUCUCUUAUAACUUGUUACUGCCUUUGCAAAGUUGGCUUCU